UCCAAGAUGGCGCCCCUAGGAGCUGGGAGCGGGUGACCGGCGGCGGGGAAGCGGCCUGGGCUGGCCCUCAGAUUGCGGGGUCCCGGGGGCCUGUCGCGGGGCGCCCCCGUGACCCACCGACCAGGCCUUCCCCCGGGCCGGAGCGAUGGCCGCCGAGAACAGCAAGCAGUUCUGGAAGAGGAGCGCCAAGCUGCCGGGGAGCAUUCAGCCUGUGUAUGGGGCUCAGCACCCUCCUCUGGAUCCUCGGCUCACGAAAAACUUCAUCAAAGAACGGUCGAAAGUCAACUCAGUUCCUCUGAAGAGCAAGAAGGCCUCCAGUUUCCACGAGUUUGCCCGGAAUACCAGUGAUGCUUGGGACAUUGGUGAUGACGAGGAGGAGGACUUUUCCUCACCUCCUUUCCAGACUCUGAACUCGAAAGUGGCUUUGGCGACUGCAGCCCAAGUCCUGGAAAACCACAGCAAGCUGAGGGUAAAACCGGAACGGUCGCAGUCGACAACAUCAGACGUCCCCGCCAACUACAAGGUCAUAAAGUCCAGCAGUGACGCCCAGCUGUCCCGAAACUCCAGUGACACGUGCCUGAGGAACCCGCUCCACAAACAGCAGUCUCUCCCUCUCCGACCCAUCAUCCCUCUUGUCGCCCGCAUCUCAGACCAGAAUGCUUCUGGGGCUCCUCCAAUGACAGUCCGGGAGAAAACACGCCUCGAAAAGUUCCGCCAGCUGCUUUCCAGUCACAACACUGACCUAGAUGAAUUGAGGAAGUGGAGCUGGCCAGGCGUUCCCAGGGAAGUUCGACCAGUGACCUGGAGACUGCUGUCGGGCUAUCUCCCUGCAAACACCGAGCGGCGGAAGUUGACCCUGCAGCGGAAGCGGGAGGAGUACUUUGGCUUCAUUGAGCAGUAUUAUGACUCUCGGAAUGAAGAGCACCACCAGGAUACCUACAGACAGAUUCACAUUGACAUUCCAAGGACGAACCCUCUCAUUCCCUUGUUCCAGCAGCCGCUCGUCCAGGAGAUCUUUGAACGAAUUCUCUUUAUCUGGGCCAUCCGACACCCCGCCAGUGGGUAUGUCCAGGGAAUUAAUGACCUGGUCACUCCGUUCUUUGUCGUCUUCCUCUCGGAAUAUGUGGAAGAGGACGUGGAGAACUUUGACGUGACCAACUUGUCUCAGGACAUGCUGCGAAGCAUUGAAGCCGACAGCUUCUGGUGCAUGAGCAAGCUGCUGGACGGGAUACAGGAUAAUUACACGUUUGCACAACCAGGGAUCCAGAAGAAGGUGAAGGCGCUGGAAGAGCUCGUCAGCCGGAUCGAUGAGCAGGUACACAGUCACUUCAGGAGGUACGAGGUGGAAUACCUGCAGUUUGCCUUUCGAUGGAUGAACAACCUGCUGAUGCGGGAACUUCCCCUACGCUGCACCAUCCGCCUGUGGGACACGUACCAGUCUGAACCAGAAGGCUUCUCGCACUUCCAUCUCUAUGUCUGCGCCGCCUUUUUGAUCAAGUGGAGGAAGGAGAUUUUGGAUGAGGAAGACUUUCAGGGCCUCCUCAUGCUGCUGCAGAACCUGCCCACAAUCCACUGGGGCAACGAGGAGAUCGGGCUGCUGCUGGCUGAGGCCUACAGACUCAAGUACAUGUUUGCAGACGCCCCCAACCACUACCGCCGAUAGGUGCUGUCUCCCCUGGGGACCCAGACUGCCCGCAUCUCUGAUGGCAAUUUCAUCACUGUGGUCACCGAGCAAGCCGUGGACCCCGGCCAGGAACCACUCCUGCUGUACAAAGCUCACUCCACACCACAGCCGCAGCCACCACCACCGCCACCGGGUCUUAACUUCCCAGCAUCUGUCACUUUGUCCCUGGAUGUGUGCCUGGGACACCCCUGUCGGUAUUCUGUGCCAUUCGGAUGGGCCUGGCUCUGGGAGAGGGCCGGGAGGAAGUGAGAGCUGUCUUUCCCCUCUGGAAGACACUGGGCAAAAGAAGGGGAGGCCCUGGGUCUGCCCCACAGCGUCCAUAUAUGCCCCGCCCGCUGGCUCUGCUGGCGACAGCUGGUGAUGAUUUCUUUUACUUUCUUUUUUAAACAAGGAAAACACAUUUUCUACUAUGCCCAAGGCAUAGGACAUUAGGCUCUAUGCUGUUGCUUCUGUGACUCAGUUUGAUCUGGUCACUGGUCAGAGACACUUUGUUUUCAGAACACUCCCCACCCCCUUCCUUCCCCUCAUUUCCCCUCGUCCUCCUGUCCCAGAUGAGCCAGUGACACAGUGAGUGAGCCCUUCCUUCUCAGGCGGAGGAGACACCGUGUUCAUCACCCUGAGGUGCUCAAGGGCUGGGAAUACGUUUGUCGUAUCCUCAUGGAUUAUCUGUUCCCUUGUGGGUGGAGUGUGCCCGAGUGUGUGUGUGUGUGUGUGUGUGUGUGUGUGUGUGUGUGUACAAGCCCAUCAGCAUUUUGUCACAUGUCUAAAUUUGUGUCCAGACUAACCCAUCAGAACUGGUUGGGAGGACCCCGGAGACCAAGCAUCUGACGGUCCCUCGAGAGGGACCAGGGCAGGGGAGGGAGAAAGAGGGUUGUUUAGUUCUGUUUUAGCCACCUCUUGGAACCCUAUUUCCAGGGUGAAGCACUCCAGGACAGUAUGUAUAAAUUGUGUUAUUAUGUAUAUGGGUAAAGGUGUACAAAUCUAUGCCCUCUUUGUAGCAGAUAGGAUUUUAUAUUUAUAGCGUGCAUUGACACGUGAAAGCGACUAGGUCAUCAGCACAGAAGGUGAUGCUUAGGGGAGGGGCCUGGGGCUGGAGGAGGUGGCUAGAGGCUGUGGUCAGUGUUUCCACCUUUCCUCCCUCCCCUUUCUUCCAUCCCUCUGGGCCUCUGUGGAGGACCUGCUGUCUUUCCCUUCUCCUCACCCCAGGAAGGACUGUAGAGGCAGAAGGCCUCCCUCAGGUUUGCCGGCCCAGCCUUUGUCUUCUCAGUGUAAGUCAGCACUGGGGUCGGGACGAGCUGGCUGACAAGUCAGUGCCAAGAGAAGGGGUCCCUGUGUGUCCCCAAGACCGGGAGCUCUUCCUGGAAAGUGGCAUUGUGUCCCCUACUGCCACCAUCACACCCGAGGCGUUUGGUAGUGCAGAAAGGAUGGAGGUCAGUGGUCGUCGUCCCCUUGGGGUGCCAGGCAGAGUUCCCGGGGUGACACCCUGAAGCUCACUUCCUGUGUCACUCACCUCAGGCCACACCUCACCGCUGUGAGUUAGCUCCCUCAGCCAGGCUGUUUCUCAGGCGUUUUUCCCAUCCCCGCCCUCCCGUCGGGCGCCUCAGUGGCCCCCAGUCACAGAGGCAGGACUCUGUGACCCUCCCUCUGACACACUGAGUAAACACGGAGGCUCGUGUUCCUGAGUGCUGGUUUUAUUUUUUUAGUUUCUGUCUCUCUGGGAAAUUGUGGAUAAAAUGAAUGGACUGUAAAUAAAUGGUGUUUCCUCCUCCGUCGGUGCUUUGG